CUCACUAGAGAUUGCAAGAUUUUCAACAUGGCAGGCAGUAAGUUGGUUUUAGAGGGAAGAAUAAGUAUUAUAAGCUUUAGCUUAGGACUCGCUGUGGUUAUAAUUCCCCUUAUCAGAACAUUCUUUGGACAUCUUGACUGGGUAUUUGACUAUCUUACAGAAACAAGGGGGAAAAUAGCAAUUUCUGUGUACAUAGCUGUUAUCAAUGGCCUCUUGCUGAUCAUAUACAAGGGACCUCUUUAUAAGGUUGCUGUAAGAGCAUGCUUCCUUGGUUUUACAUUUGGGUGUGGCUUGACAAUUAGCUGUUCCCAGACGACAUGGACACAUUUUGGAUGGUACAUGUGCUCUCUAUCUUUCUUCCACUACUCUGAGUACUUGGUAACAGCCAUCAUUAACCCUCGUAGUCUGUCCCUGGACUCCUUCCUGCUCAACCACAGUGUGGAGUACACCUUGGCUGCUGUGUCCUCAUGGGUGGAAUUCACCAUAGAGAAGCUGACUGUACCAGAGCUGAAGCAGCAUACCUGGGUCAGUGUGGUGGGACUUCUGAUGGUGAUGUGUGGGGAGGGCCUGCGCAAGUCUGCCAUGCUGACUGCCGGCUCCAACUUCAACCACAUAGUCCAGAACGAGAAGGCCCAGAGCCACGUGUUGGUCACAACCGGGGUCUAUUCCUUUUUCAGACACCCCUCCUACGUGGGCUGGUUCUAUUGGAGCAUUGGCACACAGGUGAUGUUGUGCAAUCCAGUUUGCAUAGCGGGAUAUACGCUAGCUAGUUGGCGCUUCUUCCGUGAACGUAUCGAAGAGGAGGAGAUCUCUCUCAUACAUUUCUUCGGCGAGGACUACCUUGAGUACAAGAAGAAGGCGUCUACCGGCCUGCCGUUUAUCUCAGGCAUACGUGUCGGAUCCUAGGUCAACAAGAUGGGUCCUGGACGCAUAAACACGAGCAGUCAGGCACUCUGAGGGGCAGCCCUGGUCAGCGUGUGGCUUUGACCCCCCCCCCCCCCCCCCCCCCCCCCGGCCGCCCCUGUGGGCAUAGAACUCAUGGAGGCCCUGACACCUAUAGUCAUGGUGGACAAUAGAGCCCUCAUAAUAUUUUCCCCCAUUACCACAGCAAUUGCAAUGGUUUGAUAUGGUUUGGACAGGAUCAAAAGAAGAAGAAAAAAAAAGUACAUUUGUCCACACAUUGCACCACUUCUGUUGUACUGUCUUUUGUUUGGUUUGUCUAAAUAGACAUUUGAAGUUCUGUGUUUUUGAUGACAUUUUCUGACAUCUGCAAUUGCAGGAUGCUAAUAGAAAUGCACAUUUUUCUGUUGUCCUUCCAGACCAGUUGAGUACAUGCAGUAGAUCCUGCAUUGAUUUUAGCUUUGGUUACUGAAUCAGAAUUGCUGUAAUAAGCCUGGUUGAGUGUCUGGUGUUGCUCAUCCUUCUGGUGUCUAAAGAGAUUUCACUAUUGGGCUUUACAGUUUACAGCAUAAUAUUCCCCACUAAGUAAUUCACAAUAAAUACACAUACAAUUUAUUCCGUCUGUGCAGUAAUACACAAUGAAAUUACGGCCUACAUAUUCAGACACAGCUGCACAAUCACACAUUUUUUUCUUUGUGGUUUGGGAAUCAAUAAGAUCUGAUAUGUAUGAAGUUCUGAGUUUGUGGAUUACAGAAACAAACAUUGACAAUCUAUUCCGUUUUUUUAUAAAAAUGUUUUUAGCACAGACUUCUGUUAAAAAAUAAAUUUAAAAAAAUGCAGGAACAAAUGGAUAAUUAAUCAAGUGUGUCCACUAUAAAUGAUUGAUAACAUCCACAUAUAGACAUACGCAGUUCUGGUUCAUUCUUAGGUCUCAAAGCACUUUAAGUUGAAUAACAAAUGACAAAACUCCCCCCAUCCCUCCUCCCCCUGCUGCCUCAUGUGUUUUAUCUCUACAGUUGUAGCAGAAGGAUUGUAGUAGCAGAACAUGUUAAUGAUAGAAAUGUUAUUUUUCUUUACGUACCACAGCAAUAGUGUCUUGUUUAUCUAGCAGUUAUGUUGACCCUUCAUGAAUUUAUUUGUUUGUGUCUCCUUACACUCACUGUGUAUUAAAAACACCAAAAGAAGCAUUCCUACGGCUGAGUUCAGAGAGCUGAGGUUGUUUCCAUACCAACAAACUCACCUCAAUUUGGCUCACACCUGAACUGCUGCAUGACUCGGGUUCACCUGAGUGUGGCUGAAAGCUCACCUCUGCCCUCCACUUUGUGCCCAGACUGUAUGGACCAGAAAGUGUGUGCAUGUGUGUCUGACAGUGAGUGCUUGAAAGGGGGAGUCAGCACAGUUAUUUGUGAAAAGCACUGAAAAGUGUGGGAUAUAUGAAAUCAUAAUUGAGAACAUCUAUAAUAAAUAUAAAAGCACAUCUA